UGAGAGGAUUCUAAAUUUGCCAAGCAGCUCAGGCAUCCCAUUCUCCGUGUUGGUACCUCCCUCUAGGAGACAGACUGACAGACAAGCUGGGCUGAGAGAAGCGACUGGAGAAGUACUGGAACUCAGACUGGAGUGGACACUCUGACAUCAGGUUACAGUAGAACACUCUGAACAAGCCGGGGCAGAGUUGGUAAAGGCAGCCAUGUUGCUUUCCAUCACGAGAAAAGAGUCACAACGCCUGUAGAAGUUGGCCAGAGAGCAGAAACUGACUGGCACUCAGACUACCAACAGACAUAUAAUGUGCUAAAAAACAACGCUCACAACUGAAGCCUGACAAUGACGGACAAACUAAAUGGAAAUGGGCCCAAAGCCCCAGAGAAUAGGGUGAAGGGGAAGCCUCCUCCGUACUCUGUGGAAACACCCUAUGGCUUCAGCCUGGACCUGGACUUCCUCAAGUACGUUGACGACAUCGAGAAGGGCCACACCAUAAAGAGGGUCCCCAUCCAGCGCCGGAGCAAGGGGCAGAGGCCCAGCACUCUCCCCAGGAACCUCAAUCUCUCUGGGCAUGGCUACCAGCCUAGCGCCUGGGGCUCCACUGGAGCUCUGGCCUCCAGGUCUCGCCUCCCCAACCCCCACCAAGGCUAUGGCUCUUGGGCUUAUGACGGCAGAUCGCCAGCCUCCCCUGGAGGAUACAAGUCUGUGGCAGAGAUGGAAGCCAGUAUCAGGGCCUUUGAUGAGCAGCCCUUGGGGGAGCACAUCAGGCCCAAUCUCCUGCGGGCCUCCAGCCUGCCUCUCACCGUCCUGCUAAGGAAAGGUUCAGAGUCAACUAGGGACCCGGCCAGUCUCCGAAGCUCCAGAGACCAUCUCAGAGGAAAGGACACUUCCACGGAAGACAUCUUCUACUCCCUGGACCGUUCGUCCAACUGUCAGUCCAACCAGGAUUUUUCUGGAACCAUGCGCCGACUCAAUGAAGCCCUUGAGCACAUGGGCAAGCUGGAGGAGGAGGUCCGGGUCAUCCCAGAGCUCAAGGCACAGAUCUACAUCCUGCAGGAGGAGAGGGAGAUGCUCCGUCUUGGACUGAACCCCAAACCCGCAUCCCAAACUUUCUCCAACAGGGCCAAAGACCACUCUUACGUGACCUCUGACCUCAAAAGAUCCAGGAAAGAGAGUAAUCUCUUCCUCGCCAACAAUGACGUCACCGAUGACGACUCUAACCAGACACACGAAUGGAGGACAAGCACAGACCUGGAUGAGCUUCUCACAGUGACGUCUCUGCAGGCCAAAGUAGCCAUGCUGGAGCAAAGGCUUCACGAGAGCAGCCUGGACCUCCAGAAGGCCACCGUGCUACUGAGAGAACAGCAGGAGGUGGGCCGGAGGAACGAUGAGAGGAUGUGCCAGCUGAUCAGGAACACUGGGGACUGGGGGAGAGCAGAAAGAGUCCCUGUGGAGCAAGAUGAAAAACAGACGGAGAAUUCUUCUCGGUGGGUCUUAGCAGGUGUGCAUGGUAAAUCCAUUAGAGAAAGCUUGAAUGUAGAAGCUUUAUCGACAAAUACAGUGACCAUUAGAACAAAUAGACAAAACCCAGGCACUCAGAUUGAGGACCUAGAAGAUGAUCACGUUUGGGUUUCAGCUAGCUCUUUCAUGAUGGAGGCCCAAGCGAACAGUCUUGGAGCUGGUCAACACAGUUCAAAAACGGUGGUCCACUGCUCCGUCAGAGAACCAGGCCUAGCAGUACCCAUGGAGCACAUGCCCCAGGAGGAAGCCCCCCCAGGGAGCAUGGAUCAUGCUGUGGCAGCCCUCCACGUAAAGAGGAUCCAGUGUCUCCUGGAACAGCAGUGGGAGUGUCUGUGUGGGGGGACAGCACCAGAGGGGGGCAAGGCCCUGGAGCACCCAGACCCCAAGGUCAAUUCACUGCAGGAAGAGAUGAUGAGUCUGGUUCAUACUCUUUCCUCCUACUACAUCCAUGGAUCCAGUGACAGAGAGGUUUCUCAAGGAGUCCCAAAAUCCAUCAUGAAGAGAAAUGGGAGUGCUCGGAUGUCAAAGAACCUCCACUUUGCUGGUGUGAACGGAGGAUUUGAAACAACACCAAAUGAGGACUUGGAUCGUAAGAGCCAUGCAAAGGAGGACAUGUCAGCGCUACAGCAACAACCAGAAGGACAACCUUACCCUGGGGAGAUGGCAGAGAAACUUGCCGACCAUGGGGGUUCCAACCAUGGAGACCAGAAAGAGGGAGACCCAAGCCCAGGUCAAGAGAUGAUUGAAGGAACCGAUCCGAUGGACCAGACUACUCAAACUGCAGAACCAGACAAACAGACAGAUAGUGGUGGGGAUGUGGAAGCUGCAGAACCAGAGGAACAGAACAAGACAGAUAAAACAUCAGAGGAACCCAUGGAAGCAGAACCAGAUCCAAACACAGAUCCCAAACAAGACAGGGAGGCUGUAGAAGGGGAGUUCAUAGCAGCAUGUCAUUUCGUCAGCGAUCACAUGGAUAACAUGGAUAACCCCAAUGAUGAAAUGAGGCGUGGCCUGGUGGUGCUGUUCCAGCAUUGGUUCCGGGUGGCGGCUGAGGAGGACUCUCUGGCCAAUACGGUGUCUGUGCACCUCAGAGAGGUGAGGACGGCCACGCCGUCGCUCCUCCCCUUCUUAGUUAACAUGGCAGACGACAACGGCAACACAGUGCUGCACUACAGCGUGUCUCACACCAACUACCCCAUUGUCAGCCUGCUACUGGACACAGGUGUUUGUGAGGUGGACCUUCAGAACAAGGCGGGGUACACAGUGGUGAUGCUGGCCUCCCUGACGGCCCCGGACAGCUCUGGGGACAUGGAGGUGGUCGGCAGGCUUAUGGAGCUGGGGGACGUCAAUGCUCAAGCCAGCCAGGGGGGUCAAACAGCUCUGAUGCUAGCAGUGAGACAUGGCCGGGGCCUGAUGGUGCGUCUGCUGCUGCGCUGCGGGGCCGACACCAACAUCCAGGACUGCCAGGGGGCCACGGCCCUCGUGUGCGCCUGCGAGAAGGGCCACACACACAUCGCCCGGCUGCUGUUGCAAGCGGCCGAGUGUGACACCAGCGUCACUGACAGGCGUGGUCGCACGGCCCUGUCUGUAGCACAGCAGGGGUCCCACGUUGACAUCACAGCCCUUCUCCAGGCCCACCAAACACACGCUGAGACGUCUGUCUGAGACUCCUUACCCCGUGAAUGGACUCAAAGACACAGAUGUUGCAGUGCAAGGAAUGUCCAAGUCCAAAUGGAACCCUGUUCCGUGCUGUCAA